AUGGAGCCAGUACAUGUGUCAACCUCGUCAAAGGUCUUAUUCCAGAAAGUGCGCAAGAUUGUGCCUCCUCUGGUAGACAAAUUUCACAAAGGACAGCAUGGACGUGUCGCGGUUAUCGGAGGCUCUUUGGACUAUACAGGAGCUCCUUACUUCUCAUCGAUGGCAUCGGCGCGAUUAGGUAUGUUCCUCAGUCACGUCAUUUGCGAGAGAUCUGCAGCUACGGUUAUCAAGUCCUACUCUCCGAAUCUCAUGGUUCACCCAUUACUUCCAAGCACCGAAUCGGUCAAGAACCCCGAGUCCAUCGACGCUCCCGCGCUUGCUAGUCCCAUUAUUGCGAUGCUCCCUCGCUUGAAUGCCAUAGUGAUUGGUCCGGGGCUGGGUCGCGAUGGAGUCACUCUGAAAGUGGUGACAGAAGUCAUGAAGGAGGCGCGGUCUCGCUCGAUACCCUUUGUUCUAGAUGCAGACGGUCUGCUUCUAGUGACGGAGGAUCUUGAUCUAGUUAAGGGAUACAAAAACUGUAUCUUGACCCCUAAUGUCAUGGAGUUCAGCCGACUAGCCAAGGCACUCGGGAUUGACGUUCCCAGUCAAGCUCAAAUUGCCUCUGAGCCGGAUGAAGGAGACAAGACAAGCAAGGAAACUCGAGCUUGUGAGCAGCUUUCACAGGCCCUGGGUGGCGUGACUAUCAUUCAGAAGGGGCCACACGAUGUGAUUUCGAAUGGUGUGACGAGUAUCGUCUCUGAUCUAAAGGGUGGCUUGAAGCGCAGUGGCGGGCAGGGAGACACGCUCACGGGAUCAUUGGGCACACUGCUAGCCUGGAGGGCUGCUUACCACAACAAGCUCUGGGAUUCAGGCGAGCAGGAAAACCCGAAGGAGGCGCAGACGAAGCAGGAUGUAAUGACAGAGAUCGAAACACCCAACCUAAGAAUGUCGCCAGUCACAACCCUGCUUCUGGCUGCAUGGGCAGGCAGCGGAAUCACUCGAGAGUGCUCUCGGCGAGCAUUCAAUGCCAAGGGCAGAAGUUUGCAGGCCAGUGAUCUGACAGACGAGGUGUACGAGAGCUUUUUGGCUUUGAUUGGUGAACCGGAGGGUUCGAAAACCCAUCUGUAG